AUUUGUUCCUAACUGAUUUGCCUAGUUAAAUAAAAAUAUAGGACACGUGACAUCCCAGCAACUUUGAGAAAAAAAACACUUCAUAUCGGAGUUGUCUCGAGAUGGCUAUGCAUAUUCAUGCCAUGAGGCUAGUAAGCAUACAUCGCUCUUCAUUGAAUGCAUGCGGUUGACGUCCAAAACCCGAAUCAAAUAUUCAAAGAGAUUACAAGAAUGAAAUGUAUCCACCAAUCCAAAGAAAGGCGGUAACUAGAUAGUCAGCUGGGCUACCUUCUGGACAAAGAUUCCCAUUGUUAGAGCGAAGAGACAUGUACCUUGUCUGUAUAGCCAUAAUCUUCCCCCCACAGUCAUUGCAUCCAAACAGCGCAGUGGUUUCAACGGGCUUCCGUAAAUUUGCUGAUACGUCAACAGCCAAGAUGGCGGACUGGAAUCGAGGACAAGGUGCUGUUGACGAUAUGUUGGACGCGGAAAACAAGCUUAUGGCUGACAAUUUGGCGUCCAAAGUUUCCAGAUUGAAAUCGCUUGCCUACGACAUUGACAAAGAAGCUGAAGACCAAAAUUCCUAUUUGGAUGGCAUGGAUUCCAAUUUUCUGAGUGCUACAGGACUGUUGACUGGCAGUGUGAAGAGGUUCUCUGGCAUGGUGCGAUCUGGAAGAGACAAUCGCAAAAUCCUCUGCUAUGUCUCAGUAGGACUGGUCUUUGUCUUCUUCCUGCUCUACUAUCUCAUCUACAGGGUCCAGAACUGAAGAGCUUUAACAAGAAUGGAACUUUAUAGUGUGGCUGGCUACUUCCCUCUCAGUUAUACCAAGAAAGACCAAAUAUAAACUUUUAUUGUGAAGGUUUUGGAUAGGAAAUCAUCUCACCCAUCACCCCCUCUCCAAUUCUCGAUAUAAUAAUGUCUUCUGCUCAAAAUGAAAUACAGUAUGUGCAGAUGUGUAUAUAAUUUGUCUCAGUUAUAUGAGAACUUUCAUUGUAUAUACACUAUCUAAGACCCCAGUCAUGUAAACCCCCCCCCCCACACGCACACACAGAAACAACUCAUCCUUACCAGGAUGCAGUUGAAAGCAGGACAGUCCUUUAUUUACAUUGAUAAAUAGCCCAAGAGAUUGGCAGUGUGUCAAAGAAUGUCCCAGUGCCCUUUUCACAUUACUGAGCCAAGACAGGCAGUACUGACCAUAGGUACAAUAUGAGAGUGUCCUCGGUUAUGGCUUAUUCUUGUGUUUUGUAAUAGUAGUUUGAAGACAUGCUCCGGUACUUUGGCUAUUUAGUAAGUCUUUUUUAAGACCUCCCGCUUUGGGCAGGAUGUGUCACUGUGUAGUUCACACAUGCAUAAUCUAUGAGCAGAAUUUCUGUUUUUACCUCAAUUAGCCAUGAAAUCCCUAGUUUGAAAGCAACUUUUUUUUUCUGGAAACUGAUGUAGUAUGCCAUUUUCCAUGAGCGUUACUUUCAGAACUACGGGCUAGAAAGUAUACAAAAGUACUGUAGAAUCUCUAAGACAUUACCUGAACUUUAACAAUCCCUUAUUCUGUGAUAUUAAGUUGUCAGCACCUGGCAUGUAAUUAACUGUUCUUGCAUUUCCUAAACAACUACAUAACAUGAUCCUACAUAACAUGAUCCCUUUUUCCAGUGAGUUGUAUAAAUCCUUGUAAUGUAUGUGUAAUAAAUAUUUUGAUACUACAGUCGACUCCGGAUAAGUGUGAACUCCACAGGUCCCAAUUCAAUUUUUCUUGCUCUGAAUAUCUGCUCCAGUGGUUCGUGUAGUUAAUGCAGUCCUGAACCAAUGGAGCCAUUUCACUUAUCAGGAGUCGACUAGUUUACAGAUGGUUGAUUUUUACAGAGAUGGCAAGACAUUUAGAUUUUAAGGAUAUUAAAUGAGAUUUUGCAAAAAUCUGUUGUAAGUAAUAAUUUGCUCAAUCUACCACUAUCCAUAUCGGAGUGAUCCAAUUAGUCCAUGAGCCAGACCACCAAAUAUGGAUCGUCGACGUCUUUAGUGAUUUAUGUCCCUAGAGGUGGGAAAUGUGUGAUACCAGUGCAGCAAUGGUAGGUUUCUGUGUAUCACUCUUUCAUCCCUCCAUUUUUCCCUUAGGGAUUUUGCCCUACAAUAAACAAUGUGUAACAGUU